ACCAUGCGAUUCACAAUACGCACGAGACGCACCGCGCUAGCGCGCCAUAAAAAGCGCGCUCGAUUUAAAAAUCGAACAUUGUUUUUUUUUAAAUAAUGAUCAUUAACGGUAUGGACUAAAAAUGAAUUUCAAAAGUUCAUCAAUUCGAUACAAUGUAGAGAAAUACGAGUUAUGGUUCAUCAGGACAGUAAGAAAAUUAAACAGUUUUACGACUCUACAUGCGGGCUUUUUUGUGUGUUUCGUUUAUGUGCCAUUUGUGUUUAGUGUAACAGAUAUUGAGUCAAGACGUGUUACUUUCAAAGAAUACAACAACACGCGGCACGCCCAAACAUACGGGAAAAAUACGCCAUACGACGCUAGUGAUAGGCCAUAUUAUAGCUACAGCGCAGAGGAUACCAAAGAAAAUAACGUGUACAGGGUGGAUGAUGAAAUUAGCAGCAAGGAGCAGUUACUCGUCGGGUUCGCACACGAUCCCUUUGGACUUUCCAUCCCCGAGGCGGACUACCGAAAUGGAAUGAGGGAGAUAGACCCAAAGCAAUACAAAGCUGAUCGCGGCAAGCGCGGGGUGGUGCACCUGUACAACAUGCUGCUCUGCGCCUCCGGGUGCGACCCGCUGUCCUACCAGGGCUACGGGUGCUACUGCGGGUUCCUGGGCAAGGGCAGACCUACCGAUGCCAUUGAUAACUGUUGCAAGCUACACGACGAGUGCUACUCCCGUAUCUCCUGCCCCGUCUACACCGUGUACCUGCAGCCCUACUACUGGAGCUGCAACUGGGGCGAGCCGCAGUGUUCAGUGAAGAACUACAGGAUCGGCUGCGCAGCCAGACUGUGCGAAUGCGACAGACGACUCGCCAAGUGCGUCCAGAGAUACUCGUGUCCACGCCGCGGCCAUCGGCCGUACUGCAGAGCUUCACCACUGUCGCUCUUGCAGAACUUGCUUGCCUUCGAUUAGAACAAGAAUUGCAGAUUGGCUGCGAAGAAGAUUGUGUGAAUGCGACAAAAGCCAGGCCAUGUGCAACCGGAGAUUCGUGUCUGUCGCUCUGCAGGGCUCCUCUACUCUCUUGCAGAUUUUGUUGUCCUUGGAGUAGUACCUGUAUCAGAAAUACAGGUUGGCUGCGCUGCAAGGUGUUGUGAAUAAUGACUGGCCAACUAAAAUAAGAGAAUGUUUUGAAGUGAAAAAUGAAAAUAUUCAUUGUGGUGUACUGUUUCCCUUUAAAUAAUUAAUUAAAAUAUUAAGUUGUGAAAAGGCCAUUAC